AUUUCUACCAAAUUUUUGUUACGGAAAUUAAAUAGAAAUCACCAGCCAGAAUUCUUACCAGACAAAGCCCAUUAAGGAAACUUCAAACACGACAGUAUAAGUGUUUCGCGCCUCUGCCCCAUUCAAACCAAAUCCAAUAGCGAAAGUAAUCUCUAUAGGGAACAUACAAUCCCAAAUGCAGCACCACAAGCUCUAGGAGCCAAACCGGCUAGCCGGCCAUCCGCCAAACGACCAACCGACAAACGAGGACGAAACACACAGCCUCCGAAAAAAAAGACACCUCCGGCCCUCCUCCAGACAGCAGCAACCACGGUGUGGUCCUUUCUGUAUCGGUGUGCCGCUGCAGCUCCUGGUGGCGCAGGCAUGGGCGCCAACGUCUCGCAGCUGGAGCGGGAGAUCGGCUCCGAUCUGUUCCCGCCCAACGAGCACUACUUCGGGCUGGUGAACUUCGGGAACACCUGCUACAGCAACUCGGUGCUGCAGGCCCUCUACUUCUGCAAGCCCUUCCGCGAGAAGGUGCUCGAGUACAAGGCCAAGAACAAGCGGCCCAAGGAGACGCUGCUCUCCUGCCUGGCGGAUCUCUUCUACAGCAUUGCCACCCAGAAGAAGAAGGUCGGCUCGAUAGCGCCCAAGAAGUUCAUCACGCGGCUGCGGAAGGAGAAGGAGGAGUUCGACAACUACAUGCAGCAGGAUGCCCACGAGUUCCUCAACUUCCUGAUCAACCACAUCAACGAGAUAAUACUGGCGGAGCGGAAUGCGGUUGCAGGAAACGGAAACGGCAAGGGGGCGUCGGGCGGCGUCAUGGCCAGCAGCACGGCCAGCAAGUCCAGUUCCACCUCCACAACCAACUCCACGUCCAACUCGAACGGAAACAGCAGCAACUCGACGGGUUCCCUCAACGCCACCACCAGUGUGCUGGACGCCAGCGGAAGUCUCACGGCCACAACAACGCCGAUCACGACGGGCACCGGCCCGGGCUCGAACGGUGCCAACUCGGAGCCCACCUGGGUGCACGAGAUCUUCCAGGGCAUACUCACCUCGGAGACGCGGUGCCUCAACUGCGAGACGGUGAGCAGCAAGGACGAGAACUUCUUCGACCUGCAAGUGGACGUGGACCAGAACACCUCGAUCACGCACUGUCUGCGCUGCUUCAGCAACACGGAGACCUUGUGCUCGGACAACAAGUUCAAGUGCGACAACUGCUGCAGCUACCAGGAGGCCCAGAAGCGGAUGCGGGUCAAGAAGUUGCCCAUGAUCCUGGCCCUGCACCUGAAGAGGUUCAAGUACAUGGAGCAGUUCAAUCGCCACAUCAAAGUCUCGCAUCGAGUGGUGUUCCCGCUGGAGCUGAGGCUCUUCAACACCUCCGACGAUGCCGUGAACCCGGACCGGCUUUACGACCUUACCGCCGUGGUUAUCCACUGCGGAUCGGGUCCUAAUCGUGGCCACUACAUCAGCAUCGUGAAGAGCCACGGGCUGUGGCUGCUCUUCGACGACGACAUGGUCGACAAGAUCGAGGCCUCCACCAUCGAGGACUUCUACGGCCUGACCUCGGACAUUCACAAGUCCUCGGAGACGGGCUACAUUCUGUUCUACCAGUCCAGAGACUGCGCCUAAGAAUCUUACUCCUCCUUGUUAAAGCUAAGCGAACGCCAGAGUGUUUAGUCGCCCGUUUGAAGGAAUGUUAGUCUUAAGCCGAAAAUUGUGUGACGUUUUCUAAAUACGUAUCUAUUCAAAUGCCUCUGUACUGCAAAUGCUAAUCAAUAAAUGAUAAUACGAUGAUGA